AUGCUAUUUUUUCUACUUUCAAUAUUAGCGUUAAGUGGGAGUACUCAAUCAGCUCCUGGUUGCCCAUUUGCUUCACCACCUCCAAGUCCGUGUGAGCAGCCACCUUCGCCUGAGCCAUGUCCGCCGCCUGUAACGUGUCCUCCGCCACCGCCACCGUGUGAUUGUCCGCGACUUCCUCGACCUGAACCACUUCCUCCACCUGGACCACGUCCACCACCAUGUGACUGUCCACCGCCACUACCACCACCUCCACCACCUCCACCGUGUAUUUGUCCACCACCACCUCCCCCACCUCCACCACCUCCACCACCUCCACCAUGUAUUUGUCCACCACCACCUCCACCACCUCCAUGUAUGUGCCCACCACCUCCGCCACCCCCACCUCCACCGCCACCACCCCCACCUCCACCACCUCCUCCACCACCACCUCCUCCACCACCGCCGCCAUCAGAAAAUACUUGCUGUGCUACAUGCAAAGUUCACUGUACUUCUGGAAGCCGUCGAAGACGUGAUGUUUCCAAGAAUGAUUUACUUCUUUUCUUGGUUAAAGAUGUUGCCGAAGAUCCGGUCUGCAACAAUCUGGAAUUGAAGCAUAUAAUGGAAGAGAAUAUGACCGAAGAUGCAUUGACGUCUCAACGAAAAAUUAAAAAAGCAGUUGAAGAUCAACUUCACGGCAUAUUUUCUGUAAUGUGUGCUACCGGCGAGUUUUCGUAUUCCGCAUACACAGAAAGUUUUUGCCAAGUUCGUAGGAACAACCUUACAUGUUACGCUUUUAAAGCAAUUUUUAACAAUUAG